AUGAUAAAAGGGUAUUUUUUAGAAUGUCUACUUGCCGCUACAUUCAACUGUGCAACUCAUCGAGGAUCCACGAGCCGGUGCUCCGAGUGCGGUCUCGUUGUCGGCGAUAGAAUCGGUGAUGUUGGAACUGAGUGGCGUUCUUUUUCGGGUGAAAACAGUGGAAAUGAUCCAUCGCGUGUCGGCGCUCCCGAAAAUCAUCUUUUCACCAACUGUGACCUAUCUACGUAUAUCUCUGUCGGCCAUGGAGCAAGCACCAACGAUCAAAGUUUGACAACCAAUCAGCGCAAAAUUAUUAACUAUGCUGAUCGGCAGAUGAACGCCGCUAUUGGAACGAUUCGAGAUAUGAGCGACCGAAUUCACAUCAUUCAGGCAUUCAAGAUAUUGCUGCAGAAACCUUCAAGGCUUCCUCAAUACAAAGGAACUCAAAGGAAAGAACAACGAGGCUCAAGCCGCUGCAUGCAAAGCAGUUCUCGCCUGAUUUUGUCUUCCUCACUUUCACUCAACAGCCCU